AUGUCUUUGACGAACUACUUCCUCUUUGGUUUUGUGCUUUGCGGGGCUCUUGAGAACGAUGACCCCGAAGGCCGCGUCGUGGGUGGGACAGAUGCACCAGAAGGGGCUAUGCCACACCAAGUAUCUCUAGAGCUCAAAGCAGGUCGUUCAGAUCUAAACUUUCCAUUCUGUGGUGGCGCCAUCAUUUCUGACAGAUGGAUCCUCACUGCAGCACAUUGCAUCCAAGACUUAUCGGCAAGAUACUUAAGAGUUUUGGCAGGAACAAACAGCAAAAGUUCUGGAGGUACCAGAUACAAAGUUGACAAAAUUGUAAAACAUGAAAAAUAUACCCCAAGACCGAAUGUUAAUGAUAUCGCUCUGUUGAGAACCACAGAGAAGAUUAAAUUUACAGACAAAGUUAAAGCUAUCGAAAUAGCCACGGAAGACCCCAAACCAGGAGACUUGUGCAAAUUAUCUGGAUGGGGAUUCACCGACCAAAAUGAAAGAAACAGUCCCGACAAAUUGCAGUGGUUGGACGUAAAAAUUAUAUCCGAGAAAGACUGUAAAACUGAUUAUUUAAAACGCUAUGAACAGAGUUACCCUGUUACUGAAAACCACAUAUGUACCCUUAACAAGGACGGCGAAGGUACUUGCCACGGUGAUUCUGGUGGAUCCUUGGUGUGCAACAACAAAUCUUAUGGUAUCGUCUCAUGGAACAUUCCGAGUGCUCGUGGACAACCUGAUAUCUACACGAGAACCACCAAGUACUUCAAGUGGAUUGAGGACAAAAUGGAGGCUAACAAGCCCUAA